AAUAUUAAGAUAAAUUUAUUAUUCGUCAUCCAAACCGUUGCUUGGUUGACCAUAAAGGUGUGGAGAAAUGGUCUGAUGGGCAGAUGGGAUUCAUUCCCUCCCAGACACACAACAUUCGACCUGUAAUGGUUGCCGUUUCCCGCCAUUUGAGCAGAAACAGGUUUUUAGCCUCUUCCCGUUGUUACCACUCUCUACAACAAAUCCAGCAGUUAACCUUUCUUCCAUUCUCUGAACAACAACGACAAAAGAAACUCUUAGAAUCUAGACUUGUUUCUCUUCUCCAUAGCUGCAAUGAUGUCAACCAGAUCAGGCAAGUUCACGCUCAUCUCAUUCGGAAAGGUCUCGAUCAGUGCUCAUUCGUUCUGGCCAAGCUCAUCCGGAUGCUUACUAAAUUUAACGUAUCCAUGGACCCUUACCCCCGUCUCAUUUUUUAUCAGGUCCAGCACCCAAAUCCAUUUCUUUGGACGGCGCUUAUUCGAGGCUAUUCUCUCCACGGCCUCUUCAGUGAGUCAAUAGUACUCUAUAAGUGCAUGAGAAGGGAAGGUACAGGUCCUGUAUCGUUCACUUUCUCGGCCCUCUUUAAGGCUUGUACUGCGGCCCUCGAUGUCAACUCUGGGCGGCAAAUACAUUGCCAAACUAUUUCGAUUGGUGGAUUCGAGUCGAAUCUUUACGUAAGCAACACAUUGAUUGAUAUGUAUGUGAAAUGUGGAUAUCCGGAAUGUGGCCACCGAGUAUUUGAUGAGAUGCCUGUUAGAGAUGUAAUCUCAUGGACGUCGUUAAUUGUUGCUUAUGCGAAAAAUGGAGAUAUGGAAGCAGCGGCAGAGUUGUUCGAUGGGUUACCAGAAAAAGACAUGGUGGCAUGGACGGCAAUGGUCACGGGUUACGCCCAAAACGGAAGGCCAAAGGAAGCACUGAGAUUGUUCGAAAGAAUGCAGGAUGUAGGUGCGGAAACAGAUGAAGUCACGUUGGUGGGUGUCAUUUCGGCCUGUGCCCAACUAGGUGCAUUGAAGUAUGCUAGUUGGGUUCGGGAUAUUGCUGAACAAGCAGGAUUAGGGCCUCCUUGGAAUGUUGUCAUCGGGUCUGCUUUGAUAGAUAUGUACUGCAAAUGCGGGAGCGUGGUGGACGCAUAUCAAGUUUUUGAAGGAAUGACUGAGCGGAAUGUAUUUUCUUACAGUGCGAUGAUUUUGGGGUUUGCAGUUCACGGACAGGCUGUUUCAGCAAUGAAAUUGUUCUCUGAUAUGGCAGAGACAGAGACAAGGCCAAACAGGGUUACAUUUAUUGGGGUGCUUACUGCAUGUAGCCAUGCAGGGAUGGUGGAGCAGGGACGUUGUUUAUUUUCAAGUAUGAAGGAAGUCUAUGGGAUUGAACCAUCCGCGGACCACUACACGUGCAUGGUAGACAUUCUUGGUCGUGCUGGACACCUGGAAGAAGCUCACAAUCUUAUUAAAUCAAUGCCAAUCGAACGCCAUGGAGGUGUGUGGGGAGCACUUCUUGGUGCAUGUCGUAUUCAUAAGAAUCCUGACCUUGCUGAGAUUGUCGCCAGUCAUCUGUUUGAGCUUGAGCCCGAUGCUAUUGGAAACUAUGUAUUGCUUUCAAAUAUCAAUGCAUCCGCAGGUAGGUGGGAUGAUGUUUCAAGGGUAAGGAAGUUGAUGAGAAUGAGAGGUCUUAGAAAGAACCCAGGGUGCAGUUGGAUGGAAACAGAGGAUGGGGUCAUUCAUGAGUUCUUUGCAGGGGACAUGACUCAUCCUAAGUCCACUGAAAUAAAACAGGCUUUGGAGGAUCUUCUGGAAAGAUUAAAGCUUGAUGGAUACAAACCAAAUCUCAGUUCUGUGGUUUAUGAUGUCAGUGACGAAGAAAAGGAGAGGUUGCUAAUGAGCCAUAGUGAAAAACUAGCCUUGGUGUUUGGGCUUAUGACCACAAGCCCUGGCAGCACCAUAAGAAUCAUGAAAAACCUUAGGAUGUGUGAGGACUGUCACUCAGUUAUAUGUGGUGCCUCUAGGAUCAUGAGUAUGGAGAUUAUAGUGAGGGAUAACAUGAGGUUUCACCAUUUUCAUGAUGGGUUAUGUUCCUGUGGCAAUUUCUGGUGAUUGAGUUGGAGAUCCAGUUAAAUUUGAUUCGCAAGGUUGGCCUAUUAGAAAUUUAGAAUCAUGCAUGAGUAUAACAGAGUUGCUUCUUUCCCUAUUCUUGUGCAAGCUGAUGAAUCGUGGUUGUUGGUGUCAGUUUUUUGUUAAUAGCCACAUGUCAGCCACGUCUGCAAUAGGGCAACAUCAACAAACUAAGGGCUGACUUGGACCGCAUUUCUGUAUUCUUUGGAGACCUCACUGGCUAGCCUUUAUUUCUUGACAUGGAGCGUGCUUGACUGGUACCAGGGCAGACGCCCUGUUGACUGUUGUCUUCCCAGGGUGAUGGUUGAUCUCUUGCAUGAAGACUACAGAUAAACUGAUGGUGGACGUCCUAUCUUUCCUUGCGAGAGUCGUGUUUCUCUUGCCCUCAUCUUGACAAUGAGUGUAUGUGAAGUGAGGCCACAGUAGCAACAUGCAAUGCACCCUGCUGUUCUGUGAAAGCUUCUUUUUCAUUAAUGUAUGCUGCCUAUAUUUUCCUUUUCUCUAACAAGAUCAGACCUGACUUAUCUAA